GCGCGGUUCGGCUUGGACGAUUUUAAAGCGUUUUCGUAGAAAGUGUGAAAAGUGUGUGAAGAAUUUGCAAACAAUCGCAUUAACAAAUGCGCCGAAACAAGUUUGAUUGUUACACAAGUGAAAUUAAUGUUUCCAUUUGGUUUUGCGUUUUCUUCUUUUGAGCACAUCAACUAAUAGCAUUGAGAAAACAAACAAACAAACAAAAAAUAAUAAUAUAUAAAUAAAGAAAUCAACAGCAAGAGACGAAGAAGAACGACGCAGUGAAAUUUAUUAUACGCUACAGAGAACAGAGUGCUAGAGCUAUGCUAGCAAAUAAGCAACAACUGCAGCAACUACAGAGGCAACUGGCACGAGAAUAUGGCAGCAAUCAGAAUGACAAACUGCAGUGAUUAAAACCAGUCAGGCCAGGCCCGGCCAGCCCCACUGGCACCAGCAGCCAACAGCCAACAGCCAGCGAGCCAGCUAGCGAGUCGCUCAGUCUGUGAGUGUAGCAGCUGCACCACCAAGCACCACCCAAGCGAGAGUGGCAAACGCUGCUGAAUCAUCAGAAUUCAGCACUACACAAAAAAGAGAUAGCAAAAAAAAAAAAAAAGAAAAGCCAGGCUCAACAGAAUUUCAAGUGCGCUACGUCAAUUGAAAAGACUUUAAUUCCAGCAAGUGCUGUCGGGGCACAGCGCCGAGCUAAAGAACACGUCAAGAGACCUUCAGCGUGCAACGUCAACAACUGUGGCAGCAACAAUGCUAAUUACGGACCGGAGAAGAUAUCAUCCGCACAGGGGCUGUGGCACCACCGCAACAGAUGUCAAGUUGGGUGCAUGCAUCUGCCUUUGGCUCUGCAUCGCGGCUGUCGGUGCUUGGAUGCCCGAUGUGCGGCCCGAUUUACAAACAAAGCCAGACAAAGUGACGGCCAGUUUCUUUGGCAACACAACGGACUAUUAUAAGAUUUUGGAUCACAAUGAUGAGAGCAUUCUCGUGGGUGCCAAGGACGUCAUCUACAAUAUCACACUGCGGGGACUGAAGGAGACCAGCCGACUGGAGUGGCGCAGCUCGGGCGCCGAUCGUGAGCUGUGCGUGCUGAAGGGCAAACACGAAUGGGAUUGUCACAACUAUUUGCGUGUGUUCGCCCGACUGCCCAAUGGCCAAAUUCUGCUCUGCGGCACCAAUUCGUAUAAGCCACGCUGUCGUCACUACACCACCGUGGAUCAGGCGGCAGAGGGAACUGAGGCGGGAGCGGGAGCGGGCAGCGGCAACAGCAUGCUGUACGAGAUAACGCGAGAUGUGGAGGCUCAGGGUCUCUGCCCGUACAGUCCCGCCCACAACAGCACCUAUGUGUUUGCCGAUGGCCAGCUGUACAGCGCCACGGUUGCCGAUUUCUCUGGCGGGGAUCCAUUGAUCUAUCGCGAGAAUCUGCGCACCGAGCAAUACGAUCUCAAGCAGCUCAAUCAGCCAGACUUUGUGGGCGCCAUUGAGCGCAACGGGUUUGUGCUGUUCUUCUUCCGUGAACUGUCCAUGGAGUACAUGAACUUUGGCAAGGCGGUCUAUUCCCGGGUGGGUCGCGUCUGCAAGAACGAUCGCGGUGGACCCUACAAUCAUGCCAAGAGCUGGACGUCAUUCUUGAAAACACGACUCAACUGCUCGGUGCCGGGCGAGUUUCCAUUCUACUUUGAUGAGAUACAGGCUAUAAGUCCGGUUGUGGAGAGCGGCCCCAAUGCGUUGGUUUACGCAGUGUUUACCACACCGGUGAACGCCAUACCCGGCUCGGCGGUCUGUGCCUAUCGCGUGGAUGACAUAUUGGCUGCCUUUGAUGGGGCCUUCAAAUCGCAGAAGGACUCCCAAUCGCACUGGCUUCCAGUGGAGCAAACGCAGGUGCCUAAGCCACGGCCCGGCCAGUGUGUGGAGGACUCUCGCACUCUGACAAGCAUCGCAGUGAACUUCAUUAAGAAUCAUCCGCUAAUGGAGAGCGCUGUGCCUGCUGUGCAUGGCCGCCCGCUGCUCACCAAGGUCAAUCUGCACCAUCGGCUGACGGCCAUUGCGGUGGACCCGCAAGUGCGUGCAUUGAAUGGCAACCAUUACGAUGUUAUCUAUAGUGGCACCGAUGACGGCAAGGUGACCAAAUUUAUCAACAUCGUGACAUCGCAUCAGAACAGCAGCGUCGAUCGCUUGCGUACGGUGGUCAUCUCUGAAAUGCAGGUGCUGCCGCUUGGCACACCUGUCCGCGAGCUGGUUAUCUCUUCCAAGAAGAACACCCUCGUCGUGGUCAGCGAUGGACGACUGGUAACGGUGCCCCUACAUCACUGCUCAUUGAUUGUGGACUGCCUGGGCUGCCUCAGCCUGCAGGACCCGAACUGUGCUUGGGAUCUACAGACUCACGAGUGCAAGAAUCUGGCCGCCAGCCAGCACAAGUUCGGCACCAAGACCUAUCUGCAAAGUCUGAAUACAACCAAAAAGGCGGCUGCGUUCCUGUGCCCGAAAACAGCCGCAGAUCCCGUCAUUGUCACCAUGGCGCCCUCGCAAAUGGAGGAGGUGCAAAAACUGCACUAUGCCAGUGUGAGUGGCACGCCUGCAGAGGUGCAACCCAGCCUGGAGCAGCAGCCAACGGGCAACGGUGCUGACUUUACGCUUAAUGACUACAUCGAUGAAAACAAAAUACCGCAGGCAUCCGUGGAUCCGGAGCAAGUUAUGACCAAUCUGCAUGAUCCCCAGAAAUCAAUCGCUGUUGUCAAUGAGGUGCACAAGGCUUCUACCUUGGCAGACAACACAAUUAUCAUCAUUGCCGUAGUAUCGUUUAUGGCAUUCUUUUUGGGUAGCAUAAUGGGCAUCAAAAUAAAGCAGUGGUGCAAUCAAACGCGAUUGGAUGCCAGCCACCACAAUCACUUUGGCAAGCCGAUUCAAUUCAAGCAUCAAAAUAGCGGCAAGGACAUUAAUUUGCUAAUCAAUUCGAAUCCAUAUACCACGACACAGAAAACACCGAAUCUCGAUCUUGAAAAAGAUCGCAGUCACGAAUGCAAAAAUUCCACAGAACAUUUGGAAAAGGAGCUGCCUUGCAAAACGUCCACUCUGACAAAAGUGAAGCGCACUUAUAUAUGAGUAGGGAAACAUCAUCAGUUUUUUUGAUGGCCAGUUUACCACAAAAUUAGUCGAAUUUUCGUUGUUUAUGUUGAUGUUAGUUGUAGUAAUUCCCCGCCCCGAUCGGGCGUAUCAGCAGUUUUUAAUUGGCGCGUUUGAAACGCGUCUUGGCGCAUCCGAAACUGCUGUGCUUAUAUUUAGUUACCUUUUUUUUGUCAAGGUUUAGUUUAAUUUAUCGCUUAAGCGUAGCGUCGUGUGCUACAGCACACAGAUAGUAAUGGCAAUAACAUUAAUUUAACAUUGUCUGAAUGCGCGACGGCACGUCUGUUUAUGUUUAUUUGAUAGUAUAAUUUGUAAGUGUAAAACUUAGAGCUUAAACGAAUUGCAUAUCACAUGUAGAAAACUGAAUCGGGCUACACAAAAAUUGGCUAUUAUGUUUUAUUGAACAAAAGUUUUUGGUCACGCCCAAGAAUAUUGAACCCACCCAUGAAUCAAAUAUUUUUCUCGAAAUUCAGACGAUUAUUAUUCUGUACAAGUAUUUUGUUAGACUGAAAGUUUUUCUAUUUUCUUUAUAGUUUUUCCAUGUGCAUGCAACAAAUGCGAUUUAAUUAUAAACUUUCUGUUUUUGUGGCUAAGCAAUGCAAUAUAAAUUGUAUCUAACAUAAAGCUCAAUAAGGAAUUGAAUAUAAGAGAAUGUAUUUUUGUAAUAUUAUAUAAUACGAUCUAGACUUAAGCAACCCAAAACGAUUAUUUAACGUUUAGUUCUGCGGUCAAACAUAAAUGAGGCUGUUUCGUACGAACUGAGAUCCCUUGACACAGCAGCCCUU